GAUCCUGCCUCAGCCUCCCAAGUGCUGGGAUUACAGGUGUGUGCCACUAGGUCCAUCUUUGAAUCAAUUUUAAGUCUUUUCAAGUUGAUGUUGAAGCAUCUGAACCCCCCAAAAAAAACUCAUUCCUAAAUGACUUAAAAUUCCAAGUAAAAACUUAAAAUAUAUUAUUGUGGUUUUAGAAUUGUACUUGUUCACUUAGGAAGCAUUAACAACAUAUUAAAGUAGAUUUGACUCUCCUUUGCACAGAACUGAAUGACUUCAUCAUUCAACUUGAUGAAGAAGUAGAGGGUAUGCAGAGCACCAUUUUAGUUCUUCAGCAGCAACUGAAGGAGACUCGCCAGCAGUUGGCUCAGUACCAACAGCAGCAGUCUCAAGUCUCGGCCCCAAGCACCAGCAGGACUACAUCUUCUGAACCUGUAGAACAGGCGGAGGCCACAAGUAAAGACUGCAGUCGUCUGGCAAAUGGACCAAGUAAUGGCAGCUCCUCCCGUCAGAGGACGUCUGGGUCUGGAUUUCACAGGGAGGGGAACACAACUGAGGAUGGCUUUCCUUCUUCUCCAGGGAAUGGUAAUAAGGCCUCCAACAGCUCAGAGGAGAGAACUGGCAGAGGAGGUAGUGGUUACGUAAACCAACUCAGUGUGGGGUAUGAAAGUGUAGACUCUCCCACGGGCAGUGAAAACUCUCUCACACACCACUCAAAUGACACAGACUCCAAUCAUGACCCUCAAGAGGAGAAAGCAGUGAGUGGGAAAGGUAACCGAACUGUGGGUUCCCGCCAUGUUCAGAAUGGCUUGGACUCGAGUGUAAAUGUACAGGGCUCAGUUUUGUAAUAUUUUUCCAGCAAAUUUUUAUACAGUGUCAUUUAAUUUGGGAGAAGAUACUGUCCAGAAAAUUAAUGCAUACUUUUGUCACAACUUGCCUUUCUGUGGGUGUGUUUUUGUUUUGUUUUGUUUUUGGGGUUUUUUUUUUGUUUGUUUUUUUGCUUCAGUACCUCUGCCACAUUGGAAAUUGUACCAGUUAAUUUCUUUGAAUGUUGCUAAAAGGACAUUUUGUGUAGGGUCAAGUUAUUUUUAUAUGAGUUAAUGUGAAGUUGUAAAUGGAAAUCUUUCCU